CACAGCUGGAAAAGACAUGUUAAAGAAAUAAAAAGAGAUUACCAUCCCUGCAAGGGGAAAAAAGUAAGGCACUGUUCCAGGAUACAUAAGUGAAAGACAAGCAGCCUGAAAGUGUAAGGGUUAAUAGGCAAGUUGUACAGCUCAAAGGAACUACAGUAGCUUUGAAUUUAGGACUGGAUUGAGGUAACUGGAGAUUUUUCUCCCUUCAAACUGUAUAAACCCCACCAAUCAGACACCCUAAACUGGCAUGAUGUUCAUCUGUUUAAUACCUCCCCUAAAUGUUGGGAGAAGCCUCUUGUUUUGCAGUGGAAUCUUACAGGCUGAAGAUGAUGGAGAGGAAGAAGUAGGUGUGGAGUGUUACCUAGUGGUCCUGGUGGUGUGGGCAGUGGAGCGGCCAGUGAGGGUGGCUCGCUCCAGGGUGCUGGGGGCCAGGGAGCUACUCUCAGCCAGGAGAGAAGCUGCAGCAGAGUCCCCCAUUCUGCCUCCUGUAAUGCACUGUUAUCAGCUCCCAAGGCAUGACAGUAACUACAGCUGCUACAUGAAAGUAUGGCAGUUUUCAUCAGGUUCUUCCAGACAAUAUGAGGACCCAUGAAGCAGUCCUCUAUGGAGGUCGGGUAUAAGCUGCCCAACAAGUGGCCUAAGCUGCUUGACAUGACCAAGGAUGAGUGCCGCAAGGCUCUCCGUGCCCUGGAGUUGACAACAUACAGUCAGGUGGUUUCUGUACUACGAGCACAAGGAGAACUGACAAAGGAGAAAAAGAAGCUACUCAGUGACCUGCAAACUAUGUUUUCCAUUUCCCUUGAGAGACACAGAGCAGAAAUUAGAAGAGCAGUCAAUGAUGAAAAGCUCACCACCAUAGCAGACACGCUGGCUGGACCCAACACUGGGGUGGAGUGGGCAGUGGAGGGGCGGCGGCUGGUACCCCUCAUGCCGCGCGUCCCUCCACAGACAGCAUACACAGCCCUGGCAACACGCAUGGCUCUCCUCUACUAUGGAAUGAAUGCCAAGAUGCCUCACCCCUCUGCCACAGCACAUUAUGGAAAGAUGGAUGAUCUUGGUGCUGAGUCUGGGGAUACAGACUCUGAGGAGGAGACAGAGGGUCUAAGGUUCAUGCCUGGAGCGAUGGUGCCACCACAGUAUAAUGCUGACCAGGGAUCCUACACAACCCUGCCAUUCUCACAGGCCCGGCUCUCCAAGUUACCUCCGAAAGAAAAUCGUGAAAUCCCAACCACCACCUCAGGAGGAAGUGGAGGCUCAGCUGGUGUUGGUGGGGGUGGUGGAGCAGGUGGUGGUACUGCUACUAGUGGUGGCACUGGUGGUGGAGGCAGUGACAAGAGGAAAAGAAAGAGGUCUUCAUCAGAACAUCCUCUUCCUCCCCCACCUCCUCCUCCCCCUCCUCCUCCUACUCCACCAACCCCACCCACCAGAGACCUUCCUUCAUCCCCUGGUACACCAAACAAGGUGACAGGAAUUGGUCGACCGCUGCCUGGCCCUCCCAUGAAGAUAACAGUAACAGGCAACAUUACCCGCGGCACCUCAGGCACGCCAGUCUCCACACUUGGCAGCCACACACAAAAGGUCAUCCUUGUGUCCACCUCGGGAGCAAGUGGUGUGGGUGGAGGAGUGUACCAGAGAUCCCUCAGCGUUCCAGUGAUGAAGGGUGGGACAGGCACUGCCCCCACAGUGAUGCGAGGGGUAUCGGCCUCCAGCAGCACAACCCCAUCCAGCCAGAUACAGACAGGGAGCACUGUAGGUUCAGGAAACAUGAUUGUGCCGCCCACCUACUCCAGCAGUGGCCUCCAUGGUGCUAGUGCCAUGUCUCCUGCAGGUACGUAUGCCAAUCGUACGAGACCUCGUGUUCCCUCUGGCACACUGCCUUCCAGACCACGAGAGAGAUCAAAGUCACUUGUUCUCCAGGCAGACUCUGCAGGAAGAGGUGCUGAAGGAAGUGGUAGCAGCAGCUGCAGUAAUGUAUCUUCAGGCAGCCAUGUGAGUCCCAUGCCUUCCUUCCCUGGGGGUUCAUCUGCUGUAGUGGGAGCAGCAUCAGGGUCCCCCAGUCUGUCUUCAGGACAUUUGAUGACACACCAAACUAUACAGGUCAGACCAAGUGCCACCAUUAAUCCUGGGAAGACAGCAAUUCAGAUUCGUCAGGAAGGAGGUGCAGGAGCCAAGAUCAUCACACAUGCUGUAGGCAGUGCUGGAGUCACAGGGACUGCAGGCUGCACCACCUCUGUUGCUUGCACCACCUCCACUACCAUCAUCACCACAGCCACCUCCUCAGGCAUCACUCCAGGCUCCAGCACCACAGGACGCUUGGUUGGACGUGCCCCCAUCCUGCCACCAAGCUCUCCCCAGGGAAGUGGUGCACCAUUGUAUGUGGUGACCACCAACUCAGGCACAAUCACUGUUGUGACUCGCACUGUUGCUGCUGGUCAGGGGACAGGGCCACGAGUUGUAACAGUGAAUACUAUCAAUGCCCCCAAGUCCUCUGUCAGCAGUGUGAGGACCCCAACUCCUGCCACAGUGGUGUCUGUCGGCCCUAAGACCAUUCAGACAGUGCGCGUCACACCCCAGGGUCAGGGCCCUUCAGGAUUGCGACCAGUGCUUGGUGGUACCAAGUCCAAUGUGAUUGUGGUGCACAAAGGUGGCCCUACAACUGGGACAAGACCCAUGAGCAUCCAGGGAAUCAGGGUAAUCAAGGAUGUACCAACCAAAAUUACCAUUGGAAAGACAUUCACUGGGAGUACAGCUGCCCCAGUGCUACAGAAGCCUCCCACUGUGCCCCGCGGACCCAUCACCACCCCAGUCCUCACCACGGCUAGCACACCAACCACUCAGAGCAACGUCAUUGUGGUGGAUCUGAGUCCAGAGACCUCUAAUGUGAACAACACUGGGGCUCUGGCUGAUAUUUUGCAAGUCACAGGCGAGGCACCAUCAACAAGCAGCAGCGGCAGCAGCAGCAGCAGCAACAGCAGCAGCAGCAGCAGUGGCAACAGCAACACAAGUGACCUCACUACAACCACUACCUCCAUGUCCUCCAUCCCUGACACCACCACAAUCCCAGCUGCUUCCACCUCCAUCACCACCCCAACCAUCAUCACCACCACCACCAGCACUGCAGCAGCCACCACCUCCAGCACCUCCACCACCAUUACCACAGUCAGCGCCACUACCACCACUGCUGCCUCCACCACUUCUAGCUCUGUCUCUGCCUCCACCACCACUGCCACCACUGUUGCCCUGAGUGCCACCCCAAUAGUCAGCAGCAGUGAUGGAGGGGCAGGCUUAAGUAGCAGUGGUGGAGGGAGUACUGGAGGUGGAAGUGGAGGGGGAGGGGGAGGGGGAGGAGAAGGGGAAGGAGAGUGGCUCAACCUGGGACUGGAAGGAGAAGAUUCACCGGGCCACAGUCUACCUGAAGGACAAAUGCAGAUGUUAGAGGAAGCUGUAGAAAUUUUAGGACGAGGAGACAAAGAAUCUGCAAGAAACCUUCUUCGUCAAGCUGGAAUUGAAUUGCUGGAUUCCCCUGUAGAACUUGGUGAACAUGGAGCGGAGGGAACAUCCAUGGCAAGUCUCAUGGCUGGACUGGUGAGUCAGCUCCCAGGAACACACCUGGAUGAGGGCCCUCUGGCACCUGUGGGAGAGCUGGACCCAGUCACUGGACUCUUCUACAACCCAUCCAGCAGUGAAAGUUUGUCUGAUAGCAACAGCAAUUCAGCUUCUGAUGAACUUGAGGUGCCAGAGGAAAGAGAAUCUGCUGACUAACUCUCACAUGCAGGGUUUUAAUACUCACUCUCGCCAGAUGGUGGAGACAGCUCUUUUAGAUGUUGAUUGUAGUCCUUAGAAAACAGAGUUUUAGAUAUAUUUUAUUCUUAAUGACACAUGAUAGAUAUAGGUGUAGCUUACUUCAUUGAUGUAUAUGACUUGUUGAUGUUUAUUUUUAAAGGUAAACAACCUAAAUGAAAUUGAUUAUACUGAACAUAUUAUUAUCUCCUUUAAAAUAAUAUAUACUGAUAGGUUAUCUUUUAACAAUACUGAGUUAAUAUCAUGAUAGGAUUGACAUAACAUAGAAGACUAAAGUUAACAUUAUGUAGUUUUGUUUGAAUAAAUGGCAUAUAUUUA